UCUACCAUAGCUGUGGCACCACCAAUGAACUGGGAACAGGAUUUAUAGUGUUGGGCAAGAUGCGACAACGUGUGAUCGGGUGGCAGCCGAUCAACGCAAGGAUGUGCAUGUUAAGAGUUAAGGGCCGUUUCUUCAACUACAGCAUCAUCAACGUCCACUGCCCACACGAAGGGAGACCUGAUGACGAGAAAGAAGCGUUCUACGCGCAGCUAGAGCAAACAUACGAUGGUUGCUCGCCGCGUGACGUGAAAAUCGUUGUCGGCGACAUGAACGCGCAGGGAGGAAAUGUACAGACCGGUAAUCGGGCGAAACAGCCUACACGCCGUAUCGAAUGAUAACGGCCAGCGAUGCGUAAACUUUGCAGCCUCCCGUGGUAUGCUAGUCCGAAGCAACCUUCUUCCCCCGCAAAGAUAUCCACAAAGCUACCUGGAGAUCACCCGACCAUCAAACAGAAAACCAAAUCGACCACGUUCUAAUCGACGGUACAUUCUUCUCAGAUAUAACCAACGUCCGCACAUACCGCAGUGCGAAUAUAGAUUCGGAUCACUACUUAGUCGCUGUAUGCAUGCGCUCAAAACUUUCGACAGUUAUCACCACGUGUCGAAGUCGAACGCCGCGGCUCAACAUCGAGCAACUUCGUAACGUAGAAGUGGCUCAAGACUACGCGCAGCAGUUAGCAGUGGCCCUACCAACGAAAGAGCAGCUUGGCGCAGCUACACUUGAAGAUGGCUGGAGGGACAUCCGAACCGCCAUAGGUAGUACCUCGGCUACAGCACUAGGCUUUGCGACUCCGAAUCACAGAAACGACUGGUACGACGGCGAAUGUGAACAGUUGAAAAACGAGAAGAAUGCAGCAUGGGCGAGAAUGCUGCAACACCGUACGAGAGCGAAUGAGGCACGUUACAAACAGGCACGGAACAGGCAGAACUCAGUCUUCCGGAUGAAGAAGCGCCAGCAGGAAGAACGAGAUCGCGAAGCGAUGGAAGAGCUGUACCGCGCUAAGGACACACGAAAGUUCUACGAGAAGCUGAACCGCUCGCGCAUAGGCUUUGUGCCACAAGCCGACAUGUGCCGAGAUAAUCACGGGAAUAUUCUUACGAGCGAGCGUGAGGUGGUCGAGAGGUGGCGGCAGCAUUACGAUGAGCACCUCAAUGGCGCCGUUGCAAGUACCGAAGGUGGCGUGGUAACAGAUCUAGGAGUAUGUGCACAGGACGAAAGACUUCCGGCCCCUGACCUUCAAGAGAUUGAGGAGGAGGUUGGCCGGUUGAAAAACAACAAAGCCGCUGGAGCAGAUCAACUACCAAGCGAGCUUCUAAAAUACGGUGGAGAAGCACUGGUGAGAGCAUUACACUGGGUCAUUACCAAGAUUUGGGAGGAGGAAGUAUUACCGGAGGAGUGGAUGGAAGGUAUCGUGUGUCCCAUCUUCAAAAAGGGCGACAAGUUGGAUUGCGGGAACUACCGCGCGAUCACACUACUGAGCGCUGCCUACAAGAUACUCUCUCAAAUUUUAUGCCGCCGUCUAUCACCGAUUGCAAGAGAGUUCGUGGGGCAAUAUCAGGCUGGAUUUAUGGGUGAACGCGCUACAACGGACCAGAUGUUCGCCAUCCGCCAGGUGUUGCAGAAAUGCCGCGAAUACAACGUGCCCACACAUCACUUGUUCAUCGAUUUCAAAUCGGCGUAUGAUACAAUCGAUCGAGAACAGCUAUGGCAGAUUAUGCACGAAUACGGAUUCCCGGAUAAACUGAUACGAUGGAUCGAAUGAUGUACGUAGUUCGAGUAUCAGGGACACUCUCGAGUCCCUUCGAAUCUCUCAGAGGGUUACGGCAAGGUGAUGGUCUUUCGUGCUUGCUGUUCAACAUUGCUUUGGAGGGUGUAAUAAGAAGAGCGGGGAUAAACACGAGUGGGACGAUUUUCACGAGGUCCGUUCAGCUGCUUGAUUUCGCCGAUGAUAUUGAUAUUAUUGCUCGUCAAUUUGAGACGAUGGCGGAAACCAGGGUGGCCACUAAAUAUCAGUUUUGAAAUUCCCGUCUUUUUCCCGGUUUUCCCGGUACGAUUUCUGAAAUUUUCCCGGUUUUUAAAAUGCAGAUUUUUUAGUAGGUAAAGCCCAAUUUUCGUAUCAUAUGGAUGAUAAGUACCAUGUAAAAAUGCACUUGCAAUCCUGUUGAUGCUAUGUACUAGAUAUAUAUAUAUAUAUAUA